CACAUGCGAGAAAUUUCAGUAAGUAAACUAAUGAUAUAAACUUUACUAAUCACUUACUUAAAGAACUGUAUAGUAUACGGAACUUUGCUUACUUGGAGAAAAGAAGAUGAACCCUCAAUACUCCAGUGUGCAACCACCACAGAUGUCUGAUCAAAAUGUACUGUGCUUGCAAACAGCUUCUGAAAAUGUCUAUAAUGGUAUAAACAGCCAACAAAUAGCAGGCACACCAAAAUCAGAAUAUGGACUGCAUCCUGCUAGUAAACAAACACCAUUUCAUAACUACAGUGUUCCAAUAUGUUAUAGUCAGAAUGGUCUUACACCACAAAGACAGCAACAACCUCUAUGUUCAGAUUUUCAACAACCAAAAUUUACAACUGCUGUGCCUCCAGGAACACAGUUUCAUCCUGCAACUGUUUCCAAUAAGUUGACUCAGCACAAUGAAGAAUUACACAUUGAGCCAGCAGGCCCCCAGUAUUCACCAUUAACUAGAUAUUCAACACCACAUCCAACAGAUUCUUUGCAAAGAUCAGGAGUUGGAGAAUCCUUUUCUCCUGGCCUACCAGGCCCACUGAAGAAAUUGCCUGCUCCAUCACUAUCCCAACAAAUGCUACCAGGUGGCAGACUUCCUUUUCCCCAUACUUCUUCAGAUCACUAUGGUCAACCACAAAGACAUUAUGUUUCACAAACAGACUCAGUGUCUUCUUAUGGCCCUCCUUCUUAUUCUAAAAUUGCACAGUAUCCUGAGCAUUUGAAUGCAAGUGUUCCUUCAUCUGCAAGUUUACCUCCUCUUCCACACCAGUUUUCUAAUGUUGGACCUCCAAAAGUUAACCAGUCAAUGAAUUCUUUCUCACCCAACAAUCAGGUAAAUGGCCCAAUAUCUGGUGGUCCACUCCCACCAGUAUCAGGGGUACAGUCUCCAUUUCCUUAUACACAAUCUCUUCAACAACCUCCCAGGGAACCUCAGUAUCCAGCAGUACCACAGGUUCAAAUGGGUGCUCCAGCUAUAUCUCAUCAGCUCAGAGGGAUGGAUCCUAAUCACUUGCCAAGCUCUGUUCAAGUAAUAGAAGCUGACAGAAAGGAAAGAAGUGGUACAUUUUUUACCAGCACAAAAGGAAAAGUUCCACCAUUAGUUACCACAGAUUUCACUGUUAAAGAUGAUGGGAAUUGCAGCCCUCGUUUUGUAAGAUCCACAAUCUACAGUGUUCCUACAACUUUUGAAAUGUUGAAACAGACAGCCGUUCCCUUUGCAAUAACAAUAAGUCCAUUUGCUAAACUGAAGGAAGGAGAACAAUACCCUCCAGUUUCCAAUUUAGGUGAGAUGGGCCCAGUCCGCUGUAUAAGAUGUAAGGCCUACAUGUGUUCAUUUAUGAAGUUUAUAGAUGGUGGAAGAAGAUUCCACUGUGCAUUUUGUAAAGGAAUAACAGAAGUUCCUCACGAGUAUAUUAACCAUCUUGAUCAUAUGGGACAGAGAAUAGACAAAUUUCAAAGACCUGAACUGUGUCUUGGAUCUUAUGAAUAUUUAACCACAAAAGACUACUGCAAGAAUGGAGUAUUCCCCAAGCCACCAGUAUUUAUUUUCAUGAUUGAUGUAUCUCACAACAGUAUCAGGAAUGGAAUGGUGAAGUUCCUCUGUGAUAACAUGAUGCAAGUGUUGACUUCAUUACCAAAGGAAGUGGGAGCACCAGCAUCUGUUGUUAAAGUUGGUUUUGUUACAUACUGCAAUGUUGUUCAUUUCUAUAAUGUCAAGGGUAACUUGGUACAGCCACAAAUGUUGGUUGUACCUGAUGUUGAGGAGACGUUUGUCCCACUUUUAGAUGGUUUUUUUGUAACAGUGGAAGAGUCCCAGUCUGUAAUUAACAGUUUAGCAGACCAAAUACCACAGAUGUUUAUGGAUAAUCAAGACACAGAAACCAUCUUAGGACCUCCUAUGCAAGCUGGACUUGAUGCUUUGAAGGCUGCUGGAUGUGCUGGUAAGAUCUUCAUUUUUCAUUCUGUGUUGCCAAUUGCUGAGGCACCUGGAAAGCUAAAAAACAGAGAUGAUCAGAAACUUCUUGGAACAGACAAAGAAAAAACUCUCUUGAUUCCACAGUCCAAUUUUUACAACAACUUAGGCCAGGAAUGUGUUACUGCUGGGUGUUGUGUGGAUCUUUUUCUUUUCCCCAGUGCUUAUAUUGACAUAGCUACCAUAGGUGAGGUCUGUCGUCUGAGUGGAGGACAGGUCCACAAAUAUUCCUACUUCCAGACUGAAGUAGAUGGCAGAAGGUUUCUAGAAGACUUAAAACAUUCUGUAAGGAAGACUGUUGCAUUUGAUGUGAUCAUGAGAGUUAGAACAAGCACAGGCAUUAGACCUACUGAUUUUUAUGGACAUUACUACAUGUCCAAUACAACUGAUGUUGAAUUAGCAGCAGUUGAUGAAGAUAAAGCAAUCACCGUGGAAAUUAAAUAUGAUGAUAAACUGCCUGAAGAAGAUGGAACCUACAUCCAGGUUGCAGUGUUAUAUACUAGCAGUGGAGGCCAGCGUAGGCUUCGUGUACACAAUCUUGAACUUGGCACAUGUAGCCAAUUGGCAGUUAUGUACAAAAAUUGUGAACUUGAUACCAUCAUCAAUUACUUUUCUAAACAAGGUCUACGAAUGGUGAUGGAGCAAACUCCUCGUUAUAUUAAAGACUAUUUCAUCAACAGAAGUGCACAAAUGUUGGCUACCUACAAAAAAAGCUGUGCCGACUAUUCUUCACCUAGCCAGUUCAUCCUGCCAGACUGUAUGAAGUUGUUGCCACUUUACGUCAACUGUUUAAUUAAAAGUGAUGCUUUAUCAGGAGUAUUCUCAUAUGCAUUAUUUAAAAAAUGUAAAAGAAAAAAUUAUUCUUUUUCUUUCCAGCAUGAUCUUGAUCCAAACUCUACAGACUUCCCUAAAACCAUGAGGUGUUCCAUUGGAAACAUCCAACAAAAUGGUGCUUACCUACUUGAGAAUGGUAUUCACAUGUUCAUGUGGAUAGGAAUGGCUAUUUGUCCAGAUUGGCUAAAGAAUGUGCUUGGGAUUGAGGCUUCAGACAGAAUAAAUGUAGAUAAGAUUUCCUUACCUCAACUGAAUACACCUCUGUCUCUACGUAUCCAUGAUAUCAUUGAAUCUAUUAGAAAAGAACGUCAAAGAUGCAUGAGAUUGAUGAUUGUUUGCCAAGGAGAUAAAUUGGAAUUAAUUUUUCGACGGUACUUGAUGGAAGACCAUGGAACUGAUGGAAGUACCUCUUAUGUUGACUUCUUCUGUCACUUACACAAAGAAAUUCAGAAGUUGUUAUCUUGAUGAGAAUGUCUGUAGAAAUCUGUUGUUCAUACUUUCAUUGUAGAUUGGAUAUUUUUUAUACAUAAAUAAAUAUAUUGUAUACAUACAUACAUACAUACAUACAUACAUACAUACAUACAUAC